AUGUCCCGCUACGCCGAGCUCUCCCGCGAAGAGCUCGUUGCCCGCCUCGCAAAGUAUGAGGCCGGCGGCCCAAGCAUUCCCAAAGCAAAGCCGGCACGUCCAGAGGCCGCGGACCAGCGUCCCUUCAACUUUGCCGCCAGCGCAACGCGUCACAUCGCCAUCCUCGUCUCGUACCAAGGCUGGCCGUACUCUGGACUGGCGAUCCAGCCUACUAGCGGCUACCCUACUGUCGAGGGAGAGCUCCUCAAGGCGCUCGAGAAGACGCGCCUGAUUGAGGAAGGGACUGGAUGGGAGGGUUGCGAGUUUGGACGUUGUGGACGUACCGACCGCGGCGUGUCGGGUGAGGGCCAAGUGCUUAACCUCUGGGUUCGAUCUACACGCAAGCCCGAUGAUGGCGGUCACGACCUCGGCGAUGCGUGGCGCGCACCUCUUGAGGAGAAGAAGCCCCGCGUUUCCAAGCCCCAGUCCGACUCGCCGCCCCCAUCCCCCAAGGCUGUCGCCAAGGCCCUCAAGAAACAGGAGAAGGCCAAGGCCACCACCCCGGUCGAGCUCAACUACCCCCGCCUUCUCAACUCUGUGCUUCCCGACGCCAUUCGCGUCCUUGCCUGGUCUCCCGCUCCGGCUGACUUUGACUCGCGCUUCUCAUGUGCCCACCGUCACUACAAGUACGCGUUCCACCGCCAUGCCCGCGCCGGCGGUCCUCCCCUCGACCUUGACCUCAUGACCCAGGGAGCUCAGAACCUGAUUGGCGAGCACGACUUCCGCAACUUGUGCAAGCUGGACGGGUCCAAGCAGAUCGAAAACCACUCGCGCCGUGUCAUGAAGGCGUGGUUCGUUGAAGACGAGCAGCCCGACAUGAUCAUCUUCAACCUCAUCGGCACCGCCUUCCUGUGGCACCAGGUGCGACACAUCAUUGCCGCCCUUUUCCUCGUCGGAACUGGUGUCGAGCCACCCUCGCUGAUCUCGGACUUGCUGGAUGUCGAGCGUUUCCCCGGAAAGCCCACCUAUGUCAUGGGCAACCCCUUGCCCCUCACCCUGCACGAGUGCGCAUACCCUGUCGACUCGGGCCUCGACUUCCGCUACGGCCCCUAUGACGGACCAUGGCAGUCGCUUGCUGGCGAGGAACGUGAGGCUGCUCGCGCACAGGCUGAACUGGGCCGCGACGCGAUGGAACGCGCCCUCGACCAGCAGAGGCAAGAAGCCGAGAUCCGCGCGUGGCAGACCGGAGGUGCUCUCCGCCGUUUCCGCGACGUCCUGGGCCACAGCGACCACGUCUCGUGGAACGGCACGUUCUACCCCACAGGCGCUGGUGAGCUCCAGGUCACCAAGCACUACACACCGGUCACCAAGCGUCCUAUGGGUGAGACACCCGACAACGUCAAUGCCAAGUGGCGCGAGCAGCGCGGUGUUCGUCGCGCAGAGGUCUACGCGACCAAGCAGGCCGCCAAGGAGAAGGCGAAGGAGGACAAGGAGGCGGCCAAGGCCGACAAGGCCGCUGCCCAGUCGGCACAGGACGAGGCGUGCGCACGAGUUGCAGGCCUCGACCUCGACACGGGCAGUGCCUAA